ACCCGGGGCAGUCGGAUUUCCGGUUCCUGCUCGAGGGGGCGGAAGCGAAGGGAGGCGCUAGCUCCGUCGCCGACGUUAGUCGCUGUCUUCGCUGCUAACGUUUCGUUAUGAGUUGCUAAAAUCAUGGUGAAAUGUUGCUCGGCCAUUGGAUGUGCUUCUCGCUGUUUGCCAAAUUCCAAGUUAAAAGGACUGACAUUUCAUGUAUUCCCCACAGAUGAAAACAUCAAGCGAAAAUGGGUGUUGGCAAUGAAAAGACUAGAUGUGAAUGCUGCAGGCAUCUGGGAGCCAAAGAAAGGAGACGUGCUGUGCUCGAGGCACUUCAAGAAGACGGACUUUGACAGAAGCACUCCGAACACUAAACUGAAGCCAGGAGUGGUCCCUUCUGUCUUUGAGUCCCCAGAUCACUUGCAGGAGAAGAGAGAAAAACUUCAUUGUAGGAAAAACUUUAUUCUCAAAACCCUUCCUGUCAGUAACCAUGGUCACCAGCUUGUCGGUGCCUCAUGCAUUGAAGAAUUCCAAUCCCAGUUCAUUUUUGAACAUAGCUACAGUGUAAUGGACAGUCCAAAGAAGCUUAAGCAUAAAUUAGAUCAUGUGAUCAUCGAGCUAGAGAAUACCAAGGAAAGUCUGCAGAAUGUUUUGAACCGAGAAAAACACUUUCAAAAAUCACUGAGAAAGACAAUCAGAGAACUAAAAGAUGAAUGUCUGAUCAGCCAAGAAACAGCCAAUAGACUGGAUGCUUUCUGUUGGGAGCGUUGUGAGAGCACAGAAUGAGACUGGAUUUGUGAAGGAAUUUUUUAUAUGUUCCAUCUACAGUUGACAUUGAUGAUGCUUCUUAGAAGACCUCACAUACCAUCUCUAAAUCCUAUAAUCACUGACAACACUUUGGAUACCAGGCAGCAUUAUGCAUCAUCCCUGCUAACCAAAAACUUAUCGAAGAUGUGCAGAAAUGUGUUGUAGUUAUGCUUUUGUGUGACUUGUUACAAUUACAUUUUUACAGACAUAAACUAGCGCUGGGUCACUAUUGUAAGAUGGCUAAAUCUCACAUAAGUUAUAGCAAAUGGAACAUCAGAAUUUUAACUUUGACUACAUUAUUGUAUGUCCUUUAUAGUAAAUUGUGAUUUUAAUUUUAAAUAUUUUACUAUAAAGCAGACUUUGUUUACAACACACGUUUAUCUUGCAUCCAACCCAUGGUGCUUUAGCAAUUAAUCAUGGAUUAUUUUUUUAAUAAGGCACUUCAUAGCACUGACCAUGAGAAUAGCCCAUGGAAAAGAUUUAUUGGCUUUUAAGAGCCAAUUAGCUAAGACUCCUGACAGGAUGUCAGUGUUUCAGUACAGUGCAUCAUUCCUCCACACAAGAACUAGUCAGAAUAGCUUCAAACACCAAAGGAUGAAAGCACACACUAUUGGCUUGGGUGAGCAGGUGUUGCUUCACUAGAACAUGACUUCCGGCUCUUCAGUCACCUCUUCCAUACACAGUGCUGCCACCAGCUGAAGAUUUGCAAGGCUGUCUUGUGGUUUUAAGAAGUAAUAUUGCUGACACUUUUAGAACUGUAACACAUAAGAAAAGCUAUUGCAAAUGUGCAGAUCUAGCAGUGGAAAUAGAAACGGAAUUGAUGACUGUCCGGUGGCAGUAAUUACUCAGAAAUGACAUGCGGAAGUACUGCUGGAGAAGAAGAGUCUUAGCUGUUUACUGAUUGAGCCCAAUGUUAGGAAUAUUGCUUCUCCCCUGAUUUCUUACUAAAAAAAAAAAACUAAAAUUAAGAAUCAUAAAUACGGUACAUUAAAAUAAAAAGUAUUAGCCAAAGUCCCACUCUGUAUUAAACACAAAUAUGAGUGAAUCUUUUUUGGAGAUAUGUGCAUAGUCAGAGUGUGCAGCAAUUGGUUCCUUGUGUUAGCAAAUCAUGUCUAGUUUUUGUUUAUUUGUUCCCUGUAACUUUGUUUCAUAGUAGUACCAUAAGGGUAUGGUCAGAUAAAGAUUUUUAUAUUUAAGAUACUGUAUUUUCAUGUAGGACUUUAGCUCUUCCCUCUAAAAGAGAUUUUUACCCACAUUUGAAAGAUUGAAAUUACUGAGGUUCUUUUGUUACCCUCAAAUGUUUUUGUUUUUUUUUUUUUAUUUUCUGCCUGUUAUUUAUUUUCCUUGUUUAAUUUUUUAAGUCACAUCGGGUUCUCUAACAAGAAAUGUGGGUAGAAUCUAAAUCCUCAGCCUGUUUGUGAGCAUAUAUGUUUAAAUUGGUGACUGGGGGAUGGUGAAAGAAAAAGCUCAGCGGUGUCUGCAGACGUCCCCUCCCCUGGCUGCCGGAAGACUGAAGAGGAAGGCUCCAGGCUCGGCCCUAUUUCAUUGCACAGUCACUUUGCCCGCUUGUGUCUUGGUGAAGUCAGUCUCUGUGCUCUCUUUCACUGGGCCUAGAUCACUGAGACUUUGGUGAGUGGGUGAAAUAUCAGUAAGGACCCAGAGCUUCCAUUUGCUCUUUACCCUUGGACAAAUAGUUACAGUGGAAACCAGACUUGAAAUAAAGGAUCUCUACCAGCUGGCGCUUAUCUGCCUAACCUCCAUCCCUACCUCAGUCCUCUGCCCAGAGAUUGCAGCCUAGGUCUUCCAGGGAAGAACUGUGGAGUAUAAAGAAAAGGCGAAUCACAACCUACCCGGAAGUUCCCAGGCAGCCAAAGCUGACCUAAGGGCUCUAGUUUCUAAACAUGGACUGGCCUCUAGACCCUGAAAUACACUUGGUUUCCAAAGAAGGUAUGAAGGAUUGAUGUGGCAUUUUCUCCAUAUCAAGUUUGAGUUCUGAAAAUAGACUGUGUUGUUAAAGGUACCUGUAAAUAUAUAUGUAUGUAUGUA